UCUGCACUUCAAAUGAUUCAGGAAUUGAACUGAAAUAAUUUUAUUCAAAUAUACAGAAAAACCAAAUGACAAUUUUCAGCUGCCCAAGACCAAGAGUGUAUAUCUACGCUAUACACUUUCAACUGAAAUUAUUCACACAGUUCAUACAUUUGGGCCUGGUUCACACUGUAUCAGUCUUAGAAACUUGUCCUGCUGCAUUUAUUAUGAGUUUAUAGACCAUCAGAUAACACAUCUGACUGACAAAGGAAGUCUAUCAUGUGACACCAACUAAAAUGGAAAAUUUGACUAGCAACGUAUCUUGUGACCUGAUGACUGUGACGUUACACAUUCAUUACUCCUCACUGGCAAACAUGGCAGGCUUUCCUUAUUCCCUGUUUUCCAUUCAGGUGCUUGUCAUGUUUGCCACAGCAGUCUGAUAUUUGGAUUGCAACAUUCAGUUUCUCUACUCAUGCUUUUGUUUCAACAGGUUUUAUUUUCUUCCCAAGUUUCACUGUUUUUCCGAGAUAGUAUUUAGAGUAUGCCAACAAGGUGUAUUUGUCAUCAAACGUGACGCAACCAAAACUGGUUACUCAGGUCCUGAAAGUUUGCGGCAGGGUAUAAGACGAGCUGUGCUGGUUUAACACAGGCUGAUUUGUAUCAUGCUCGGCUGAAAAUGACCAUCAAAAAGCUUCUUAUUGAAUACGAUGCUGUAAACAACAGGAACACUUUUACAAAUGGAGAUACCAUAAAUGGACGGAUAAUCUUGGAGGUCUCAAAAGAAACAAAAAUUCAGUCGCUUCUUUUCAUUGCUAAAGGAAAAGCAAGAGUUUGCUGGACUGAGCAUUAUGGCCAGAACCAAACUCAUGUAUACUGGUCUAAUGAGAAAUACUAUAGUGUAAAACAUCAUAUGAUAAGGGAAUCAAGACAAGAUGGCACUGAAGUCAUUAGUGGGGGAAGACAUGUUUUUCCUUUUACCUUCAAGAUACCUGACAGGAAGAUGCCAUCCUCUUUUCAGUCAUCUGUGGGCAGAAUUGUCCAUAAGUUGAAGGCAGAGCUCAAACAGUCAAUGAAGCUGAAAAAGAAAGCUAAGAUUCAUUUCAUGUUUGUGUCCAAAGCCGACAUGGACACACCAGGACUCUUGGUUCCCCAACAGGAAAGCAAGGAUAAAAGUCUUGCAUUUGGUUCUGGAAAUGUUUCGAUGGAUGUCCAUGCAAAGAAAAUGGGAUACACCCUUGGUGAGGCCAUGAAUGUCCUCAUUCAAAUCAAUAAUACCUCAAGUCGUUCAGUAAAACCCAAACUUGAACUAUAUGAGAAGAGGAGCUUCUUCGCUCAGGGUCACCGGAAAGUUGAGACACGCACUAUCCUAAAGGAAAAGUCAGAUGUUGUUGAAGGACGAUCCGGCCAAAAAAUGGUUACGAAGAUGAUCAACAUCCCCAGAGAGCUUACCCCGUCUAUUCUGAACUGCUCCAUCCUGAAACUGGAAUACAGACUGAAAGUCUACCUUGAUAUCAAAUGUGCUGCAGACCCAAAAGUUAAACUCCCCAUUGUCAUUCUCCCUGAAGAUAACAGCAGAGAGUCAGGUGAAGUACAACCACUUCCUCCUGCUGGGAUUGGACUUGAAGCAUUUGGAAACCCAAACCCACAAAUCUGGGGCACCACAUCAGGAGCGAUGAGUCCUCCACCUCCCUAUGAAGCAUCUGCCAUGUAUCCCUCCUUCCCCUCAGAUUAUAAGACUACCUUGUAAUAUCAGCAUAUCAUAUUUUUCUUCUGUAAUGACCACAAUACUGUUGUACCUGCACUAUUUACUUUCCACUUUGUGGUUAGACACUCUUGUUAUGUGCAGAAACUUUAAAAAAAAAAAAAAUCUUUCUAAAUCGUAAAUUAAAUCAUGACACAGAUUUAACAAACAACCAUGACAGUUUUGAAUGACAGUGAAUGUAAUUUUAACAAAGCAGUGCAUUGUUAAAAUGGUUGUUUGUUAUUUUAACUACAGAGAAAAUAUUUCAGAAACUGUGCUUCUGAAGCAAAACUUUGGUAAAAACUUAACUGAAAUUAGUUAUUAUCAGUAAAAGGGGAAAAAUUAGACUUAAAAAAGACAUUCUCUACCAGAGAUGAAGCUUAUAUUUUCUCCAGAGAAGUUAUGUUCAUGAACUAGUCACCUCUAAUCAGGUGACACGAUAAUGGGCGCUCUGAUUGGUUGAGACGCUGAAGAAAUAAACCUAUCAUUAACCCUUUCCGAGCUGGAGUAUAUCUACUUUAACUAAAAUGUGCUUAUGUUUACAGUAAAGAGUACAAAUAUUUCACAACAUAUUUUUGAUGAUAUAUCAUGUCAAAGUAGCUCCCAAUGAUAUUAUGAAAUAUAUUAAAGUCUCAUCUUUAGACUUCUA